AUGUUCACUGGAUAUCGUUGGGCGGAGCGUGUCAAGGUGAACAAGUUGGGAGAGUACUUGAAGAAAAAAUCGACUGCUUCGGAUUACUUUCGUCAAAAUGUGGUAACUUGGUGGGCUAUUGCCCCACAUUUGGAGUUCAUACUCGAAGAAAUGUACAAGAUCUUCAAAGUGAAGAUGAUUUAUGAGCAAGCAUCGGCCCUUUUCAUGGAGCAGAAGGACCCGUCCUGCUUGACCCAGAUCGCCACGGCUAUGUCGCACACGCACAAGAAUUAA